UGUGACUUAGAAAUAUCACGCAAUAUUAAAAUACAUUGAAAUUGAGUUUUAAUUUAAGUACAAAAAAAGUGUUACUAUAAUUUUAAAAUCACAAACAAAUUGAACACCGCAUUACGUGCAAUACUAUUGUUAUAUAGAUUAACAUCAUGCAACAAUAAACCUAUUUUGGCUGAAAAGUUAAUCGAGUAUCUGACUCAGUACCCAGUGGCAUAUAUACUCUGAUAACAAUUAUAGAGUUCUAAGGAUUUACUUAUUUAGUGAUACUUCAGCCCUUUACAAUUACCUUAAAUAUAGGUACAUUUUUAAAAAUAAUUUAGCAUUGAAAACUUAAAACGUAAAAAUAUUAAAUCUAUAUUAGGUAAAUUUGAUCUAUUUAAGCAAUAUAUUACUAAAAUAGUGAAAUAUAACAUGAUCAUUAUUUAUUCAUCUUCCUAUACAUCUGCACUAAUAAUGUAACUCGAUACAAAAAUGUAACAAAAAUUAUACACGGGUACCUAAUUCAAAAAUGUUAAAUUGCCUUCAAUUUUAUUGAACAAUAUCAAUUUUAGACGGAGCAUAAUUGUAUUAAUACUGCAAAUGGCAUAACAACGGCGAAUGAUUUGAGUGAAAUAUCAUCCUCCAGAAUACUUUAUUUUCUAUAUUCAUUUGUUUUUUUGAAUAUAAUAUAUAUCAUUUUGUAAUUUACUAAUUUUAUAUAAUAUGUUACGCUGCUGACCGCACUUAUUAAUGUAUUGAAACAGGAAUAUAAGAAUCUCGUGUUUCUAUAGUUUACGAAUUAACAACCAUAAUUGAUUUUUUUUUCGUUUCUAUCGUAGUAUUUUGAGAUUGGUAUAAGUAUUUGGUUUUAUACGUAUAUACUAUAUAUAUAUAUAUAUUGUGUGUACCUAUUCAAUGAAAUUUACGAUGCUACUACUCCUUCUAAUUAUAUAUUUAAUACGUCGAGUAGUUGGAGAAUCUUAUAGUUAUGACUGUACCGGUUCAAAUAGUAGUAUUAGUGAUAAUAUACAUUUUAAAUGUAUAAAGAAACUAUGCAACGGCUCUUCGUGUGAAACAAUAAUCAACUACUUAGAUAAACCUGGACCGGACGUAAUUAUAGAUAUCAACAAUAAGGUAUUGUUGAAUCUCGAAAUCGAAAACAUUUCUACUAUUCAUGUGCUGUUUAUAAACAAUGUUCGUGAUUCAGUUAAUUCAAAUUUUACAAUGUAUCGUCUCUUGAAACCAAUCAUUCUAAAAGUCCAGUUAGCAGGACCAAGAGAGUUAUACAAGUUACGUUUCAUAAACUACGUAAAUGGCGGGCCGACAGAAGAAGUGAUCAGUAAAGUAACCAGACAGAAUUACUUCGGAUGCGAUUCUGGAGACAUUAACCCCACGUGCGGUAUACAAUAUUAUGGCUUAAAUAAAGCGGUGCCUUUUUCGAAAGGUUUUUGUUGUUCAUGUAUCAAUUCGGUCAAUGAUGCACGACAACAAAGAUCGUCCGAGGUAGUGAAUAAAAAUAACAUUUCAAUAACUUCUAAUUGCAAUGAUGUUGUCACCACUCAACCAAGAGGUGAACAAGAUUGUAAAAACAUUAGUGAAAGUCCCGCUUAUGCGAAUUCAUACACUUAUCAUGAGAGUGCGCAUUGUUUUAGAUAUAGCGAUUUAUGGUUCAAUGUUUAUAAAGUAGAAAAAUCGGAAACGGUCUUACCACUAACAAUGGAAUUAUUCAAGAAAAGCGAAAGUAGCGUUUACAUGCUCCAUCAACAAUGUUUAUCGUCAUCAUUAUCAUCCAAUAGCAAACUGACUAUUUUCAAAAAUUUGGUAUCACACCGGUUAGAGGUGGUCAAAGGUUUAAAUGAAACAAUGGACAACAACUUGAUGGCCAUGUUUGUCCUAAUACCUCAAAACGUACCUAAAACUUAUCAAUACAGUCUCCCAUCACACUUAAACGAUCAGAGGGCCGGAAAAUUCCUCGUAAUCCAUCCGAGUAGGAUGUCGAAAAACGGCGGAGCCGAAUGCGACAAAAUCGGAGUGGAACCACGAGCUUUCUACGAACAAUCGGACAGAUGUUACAGGCCGCGGAGCAGCUGUCUCCGAGAACAGCCCAUCGAACUGAUGCAGCAGCGCGAGAGAGACUGCGACGGGGAACCGUCGGCGGGUGCUGCGAAUGGUCGUUUGUUCAUCGAAGACUAUGUCAAAGGUGACAUCAGUUUCGACGACGUGACCGACCACAUUAUCGUUUACCUUCAGCCGUCCUCGUUCGCUGCCGAAACACCCAUGUCGGUGCAGAGCGUCAGUGAGGUCAGACUGGACGACAACGGCGUCGUCAGCAACAAGAUUCUACUUCAGAUUAGCGAGAUACACGCGAUUUUUGAUAACGAAUGUAACAACACCGCAAAUUUGUUUAUAUUCGUAACAAAUUUGAGUUUGAAAACGGCAGAAUUCUUCAUUGAAACUUCUGGAUCGACAGACUCGAAAAAAAUCGAAAAAAAACGGGGACAAGCGAUCGUACAUCCACAGCAGACCGAAAGAUUUUUUUUGAAAUUCGAAUGUCCCAUCAAGACCAAAGACUGCGUCGCGUCCGUGCAACUGUACGCCGAAAACGCCGCCGCCACCGCAGUGGCGUCCAGAAAGUUCAAGGCGGUCCGAGGUUCCGGUUGCUACUGUCUGUGGCACAGGCGGUGCAAGUGUUACCAGACCGAAUCGCCGUGCACCGCCGGCGGCACGCUACUGAGCCAGGCGCAGUACGCCGCGGCCGGAUUCCUGGGCGACGUGCCGCGGCCGCCGAGGACGGCGUUCGUCGUCGUCGAGCGGGACGAGGAGGCCGCGGUCGUCGACCACGAUGAGCUGAUCGUCAGUCUGCUCGUGCUGGUGGGCCUCUUGGCCGCGGCGCUGGUCCUGGGCCUGCUCAAAGCCGUGUCGCCGUACCGCGCCCACUGGCUGUGGAUAAUAUUCGGCGAUCGGCGACUGGACGCGUACCUCGAACCGGAACUGAACGCGUCGCCGGUGGUGCGGGACGAACGGGGUCGCUGCGUGCACCCCGCGACCGCGUCCCGGAACGUGCGGCUGCUGGACAGGGGACGGGAAUUCGUCGCCAACUCGCUGUUCUUCGUCUGCCUGUUGGCCGCCGCGGCGUACCGCUGCGAGUUCUUUGCAGGGUGCUCGCCGGACGGCGAUCGCUGCGGUGUCGCGGACCGAGAACGCCGAUCGUCGUCGUGCAAUUAUACCGCGCAACAGAGCGAGACAGCCUGUCUGCUGGGGGAGUGUCGAGACGAUCGCGACUCGCCUCGGCAGAGCGUCGUCUGUAGCGAUUUGCGGCAGCUGUCCGAAUGUUUCGAAUAUAACACGUCGGACGAAAGUACGGUCGACGGACGAACGACGAGUCCGGCCCGCGUCGCAGCGACGACGACUCCUUUACACCUGCAAUAAUAGUUAUCACGUUAUUGCCAUAAUCUUAUUUUUACCGCCGCCACAGCAACGAUUUUCGGGACGAGUCCGUCUUUUUUGGUUAUAAGUGAAAAAAACCUUAGGUUUAGGUACAUAUACCUACUACCGGCCGACCGUAUUGAGCGCGUGUAGAUACGUUGAGUAGUAGCAUAUAGGUAUAGUAUAAAAUCGACGUGCCCAUUUCAAGACUUACUAUAUAUAUAUAGACUAUAACGUAUAACUACGUGUAACGCUAUACGCCGGUAAAGGUAUAUUUUGAAGUUAUCGACAGAUUUUUCAAGUUUCCACACGAUUAUCGAUUGAAACGCUUCUAAAAGUUUAGAUUACGAUUGAAAAACGUGGAGCCGUCUCGUGUAUACUGGUUAUAAAUUCUCGCGGUCAUUCUAUAUAUACAAUCCCUGCAAGACGUUUUAAAAUGUUUUCCAAAAACCAAUUUGUAACCUACCCGAUUAUAAAAACAAUUAACGAUUUUAUUCGUAGGUCAUUAUUAAUUAUUAUUUUUCUCUGACUCGUACUGAAUAAAUCUGUAGUGAAUUAUACUUUUUAUAUUAUAAUUAUGUCUCAUAUAUGAAUAAUCUACAAUAAACAUUAAUAAAGCA